AUGUGCAAUGUAGGAGCCCCUCCACGGCAGACCGCCUUCUUGAUCGCGGAUGCCCAAACAAGAAGUGCGGGCGGGCGAGGUAUUUAUACGGCGGGCGGAGCCGCUAGGGACAGCGCUAGGCUAAGCGAGGGCCCACGGCGAGCGCCCAUUGGCUGGGCGGGUUACAAAGUUCUUCAAUCAUGGAACAAAGUCAACCUCUACAACCUCAAACACGCCAGCAUCCCCCAUUCCUCCUCCAAAACAUUCUUCCAGCAGAAGUGGAUCGCCAAGUCCCUCGCCCGCACAUACCACGGCGAGCAGGUCCGCGAAUCACAGUGGGAGAAAAUGUUCUCCCGUCGCUUGCGUUCCGUCGUGCCAAUGGAUGCCAAUUACCUCGCCCGUAACGACGGUUCCUUCGAAUCCGCCGGUCGAGGAUCCGGCUUGGAAGGUGUUGGUCCGCGUAGGGCUCCGCUCACGCCCCAUAUGCAGAUGACCUUUGCGCCGCUGGAGCGGAGGCUGGAUGUCGCUAUUUUCCGUGCCAUGUUUGCCAGCAGCACGAGACAGGCGAGGCAGUUUGUUAUUCAUGGUUCCGUUACUGUCAAUGGGAAGAAGAUGAGAUACCCAGGAUACCUUUUGAACUCGGGCGAUCUUUUCCAAGUAGACCCCGAACGAGUGAUGUUUGCGACGGGCGCGCCCAAGGACCCUCAACAACGCCGCAGAGGUCGUAAACGGCGCAACCGGACUCCGGGUGUCCGACAAGCCCUCUCCAGCGCCUUCUCCAGCACCGAUGUCGUCGAAGACCUUGAAGCCCAAUUCCUCCAACUCAAAGCCCUAGCCGAUAUAUCCCCCUCCAAAUCAAAACCCACAACCGAACCUUCCACUUCAAGCCAAGCCUCCUCCCCCACCACCACCACCACCACCAACACUUCCUCAACCUCCUCCGCCAAUCUCCCCGAAUCCGUCCUCCCAACCCCGCCACCCCACGAAAUAUCCUCCGCAAAACCCACAUCCUCCCCAAGCACCCCUCAAGACCCCGUCCUCGCCGCCGCCCUCAAACAAGCCAUCGAAAACCCCACCGCCCCGCUGGACGAAACCACGCACCCCCAGAUCUCCGAGGAAGACCUUACCGUCCUUCGCCAGGCCCUGUACCAGCUGCACGAGAACCCGAUCGACAGUCUGAAGCCGUACGCCACCCCCUGGCGGCCGCGCGACUACAUGAGCGCCUUCGCGUUCAUCCCGCGCUACCUGGAAGUGAACCAGAAUAUCUGCGCUGCCGUGUAUCUGCGCCAUCCCGUCGCGAGGCCGGGCCGGUCGGAGGUGCCGUCGCCGUAUCCUGAUUCUGUUAACGGCGCGGCAUUUGUGUGGUAUUUGAGGCGGAGGUAG